AGAAUAUAUGCUUUGUUCUCACCGCUUCCGUUCCCAUCAUGAUUCUUCUGGUUCCUCAAUAAAUGGAUGGCCUUUCAGCUACUAUUUACAGCACUUAUUUCGAUCCUCAUCCAAUAUAUGAGGUGUCUGGAUUCAACUCGGGACCUCCGCUAUGCGUAUUGUUCAGUUCGUCUUUGUACGCCCACAUACAUACGGCUUUUCUGUCCGUUGUGGGCUCGAUGUGUGGUGCUUGUCUGCUCCUUGUCUCAGUCCUAGACUGUGUUGACGUAUAUUUGAUAUUCGAAAUGAGUAUCUAGACAUAAUGUGAGUUUUCCCUUCUCUCUUGGUUCAAGAGCGGUUGUGAAUUAGGAAUUUCAUUGAAAUCUCAAACACCGCAAAUUCUUCGAAGAAUGAUUCAAGAGAAAACUAGCGGAUUGAAUGCCUUGGCAAUUACACUGUACUAUGUUGUCUAUAAGUUCCAUAUACAAUGAUUGUUCGCGUAUGGCUAUGGUUGUCACAUCUGUUGCUAUCUACACAUGUAAAAGUGUUAGGGCAUAUAUGAACCCAAGAGUGUUUGCAACUCGCGAAUAGCUAUGCCACGACCCACUCUUAGAAAUCACAAUCGCUUCUCUAUUUAUUGGAGAACAUUUGAAGAGUCGGAAUAGCCGAAAUGGUUGCGAUGGGUUGAACCGGCGAAGUCAUUCAUUUAGGAUAGUACUUAAUGCUUUGAGCAAAGCACGCAAACAAUAUCAAGGAGCCAUAACUCCCUUAUUUUUUAAUCUAACAUACUAG